UCGGGAUAGGGUGGCGUGCGGGCCGUCUUGCAGCGCGUCGGUUGACAGGGAGCGCGGGAGGUUUGGCAGUGCAAUACGAGAGAGAGUGCGUGACGGUGCGACUUCGGGAUCUGUGAAAAAUGUCUGUGUGGAAAAUGAAAGAAACGGUGAAAGUGAAAGUGAUCCGCGAGCGUGCUCCAGUGAUGAUUUAGAGGAAACAAAUAUCCAGUCUAGAAUCAUUUGCGUUGACGAACCACAGGACAUCUGCACGUCUUCCAGAGACGCUGACGUCGUUGAACAUUUAGCAGUGACUUCCGGUGACGUCACGAAACCAGUUGAUGACGUCACAAACAACAACAAAAGAACACGUAUUUAUUCUAGAAGCAGCUUGGCUUCACAUGACUCUAGGACACCGUCUUAUGAAACUCUAGAAAAUGCAGUGAACGAAACUAAAGGAAACCGCGAAAGUAAGACAGAAACUGAGCGAAAUUGCGCGGAGGUGAAGGGAAGAGGAGAAGGAAGGAGGAGCGAGUCCCGAGCGCGCCCGAGAGAACAGGAUAGACCCGUCGGCCGUAGUUCCUCCGAGGAUGAUGUCGAUCAGGAUAGCUUGGAGGGACCAUGGUCGACGCCCCAGCUAGCCAAGGUCGUGCAGGAGCUGGUCGUGUCGCGGAAAUUCAGCAUGACGACGGCGCAGGUGAAGAAGCGGCAGCAGAACCUCGGCCGUCUCGACGUCUCCCAGAAGGAUCGAACGGUGAUUUUUGACAGCUCAAGGUUUCCUCGGAACGGAAGCGACAAGGACUGCGAGCACCGGCAGGAGCGAGAGGCAGGGAAGGGCGACGCACAGGAGGAAGCCAAGGGCGCGCCUAAAUGGGCCGGCAGAGCUCGAAGCAACGGCCGGAACGGAGUCGCGUGGCAGCAAACAGCGAGGAAGGGAAGGCGGAGAAAGAGUGUUGAAGGAGACGGGAGCCAGUCGGAGGCGUCGACAGACAGCCAUGCCCCCGGGGAAGAGAGCGCCGGCACUCAGGAAGGGCGUCGGCACUUCACUAAACACAGCUGCGUCAAAGUUAGCAAAACGGAGACCAAGAGGAGCGGCGGAGGCGGGCCCAGGGGGAAGUACUUUGCGUGGGCGAACGAAAGCAACAAGGGGGACUCGCGGGGGGCGGGGAACAAGGACGAGAAUAAGGUCAUGCCUUCCCCCAGGAUCGAGAGGAUGUGUCGCUCGCCCCAACUCCACAAAGGCCGCAUGUUUAGCAGUCACAGGAGAGACUCCUCGAGUAGUCGCACGUCCCCAAGGCAGUCUCCUAUAGGGUCCCGGUACCAGAGUCCCCCCGGGGCCGUCUCGCCCAGGCUAGGGUCUUCGUCUAGAGUGGGGUCACCCAGACCUGAUUCGCCGAGGAUAGGCUCCUCGCGCUCGGCCUCUCCGAGGAGGAUGUCACCGCGGGUGUCUCCGAGGACCGGCCUGAGAUCUUCACCCACGAAAUUCGUGACAUCACGGACGUCCCCCAUCCCUGCCUCCCCAAGGAUCGUGAAACCUAUCGUGACGUACGGGUGCCAGAGAUCACCCAGACCCACCACCUUCGACCGCCAAAGAAGUCUAAGCGUGGAUAAGGUGAGGAAUGGCAGAGCGCCAGAGUUCCUCCAGAAAAUAAAACUGAAUAAAGAAAAUGCAAAAACGGCAAAAGACAGUAGUCCCCCGUCUACUUUACUCGCGGAUUCCGUCGAGAAAAGAGACUCCAGCAGAAGAGAGGAAAAAUCGUCAGACGUAGAGAGAGGAGAAGAGAAAGCAGUCGAGGAGGAGGAAGAGGAGGUCAUGUUAAAGAAAGAUGAAAAGAAUUCACCGUGCAAAGGAGGUGAAGGAACACCCGAAGAUGGAAGACAAAAGAUUUUCCCAAGACCUAGGGAAAGGGGAGCUAAGGGAGAAGAAAACACACAAGAGGAGAGGGAAGAAAAAACACCUGAUGAAGAGGAGGAGGAAAAGAUAGAAGACGAUAAUUCUCCUGAUGUGCCAGAGAGAAAGGUAAAACACCCAGGGCGAGCCGUGAGGGAAACCAUGAAAGAAGGGAAAGUAAUUCUCUUGCGUACAAAGGAUAACCUCAACAAUGCAGAGGACGACGCCACGACACCCGGUGAGGAGACACUCGGGGGCAUUGCUACAGGUGAAGGUGGGGAAAAGAAGGAAAAAGAAAAUGAGAAAGAGGAAAAGGGGGAUAAGGCAAAAGGGAAAGAUGAGAAAGAGAAGGAAAAAGAAAAGAGAGACAGAGAAAGUGAAGAUGUAGAGAAGGAUAAAGAAAAUAGGAAUGAAAAGGUGAAGGAAAAGGAGAAAGAUAAGACUAAUAAUAAUGAAGUGGACGGGGGGAAAGCCAAAGAAGCAAAUGAUCUUCCCAUGACAGGGACACCAAAGCCCUUGAAAGCUUUACGAAGAGAGAUGUCCGACUGCCGCCAGCGCCUGGAGUCCUUCGUGGAGAGCCGGGCGAUGCAGGAGCAGCGUCAGCAGCGCUACAUCCUCAUCACCUCCAAGAUGAGCGGAAAACUUGACUCUGAAAUCAUUCAGUUUUUCGAGUCUCAGCAGCAGAAGCCUCGAGAAAUCCUCAGGAAUGAGAAGGUGCUGCACGAGCACUUCCGGGCGGGCUCCAAGACCGACCUCCGGAGGGCGUCGGGAUCCAGCUUCCGAAGUAAGUCGGCAAGCACGGAGGGCGACAAGUCCUCAGAGGACGCGAAGGAAGGGUCUGAAGACGACGUCACACCCGAUGCAACGCACGACGUCAGCUUCUCGAGGGACAUCACGCGCGAGGCCUUUCCCUUCUUGACGAAAUCGGCCAAGGAAUCGCGCGAAGAGGAAGGCGUUGAGGAAGAUUCUGGUAGGGAACAUAGUAGUCCAGGCAGUGAAGGAAAGCUGGAAGGACAGGAAAAACUGGAGGAUCAGUCAAAAGUCACGGAGAAGGAUGAGAAUGAGGAGAGAAGUCUCCCCGUCGAGGAAGAGGCACAGGAGAGAAACAUCCACUUGUAUGACACAGUUGCAGACGAUAAGAGUGACGACGGAUCGACCGCCCUGCCCUCUCGCGACGAGACUUGCAAUCACGCGAGCAUUACCGAUCACACCGGAUCUGUGAACACAAUACCUGAUGAUGGUAACUUGAGACCGGGCCAAGGUAACGAUACCAUCGCCGGAGGGGAGAACAAGGAGGAGGAGGUGGAGGAAGAAGAGGCAACGGCCGGAGGGGAAUUAGAUGAAGACAUGAAUAGAGGCGAAACAGGGAAGCGAGAGGGGAGUGUGAAUGAAGAUGAUACUAACGAAGACGGUGGAAGCGACGAGAAGAGAGGUGAAAUAUUAACCGAAGCAUUGAGUACGACCUCGUUGGAGACAGCAGCUUUUGAAGAGGAGGAAAGGGGUAUCCUUGAUGAUGAGAAAAUCGACGUGGAGACGCGAGUGAAGAUUUGUGAGGAGACACUGAUUAGCAGUAGGACUGACAAUGUGCUCGUGAACGAAAGCGUGAGGGAAGAGAGGAGGUACGAGGAAGGACCGGCGAAGGUGAAGAAGGGGAUAGUGAAGGAAAUUAUCAUGCAGAAGGAGGAGGAAGCGAAAAGCAAAAUUGGGGAGACGUACAAGACACAACAGGUGUUGCGGCGGGACAUCUCCCCCACCGCACCCAAGGGAAAGGAUGAGACACAGCAAGAGGACACAGGAACCAAGGCCGACACGGCUCCCCGAAAGCCAGACGCCGACGACCACCCCGGAGUGUCCCCGGAAGGAUCAACGUCGAACAGAGACGCAGCGGCGACGAACGCGGCCGUGGGGGAGGGAGAGGAUGCCAGUGUGGGAUCGAAGGAAAGCCCGGCGAGGGUCAGAGGCUUUUCAAGUCGCGGCGAAUCGUCGGUGAACCUCGUAUCCCAAAGAACCCCUCUUGAACCUUCUGCCGAGGUGGCAGAAGGGAAAAACGAAAUAAAAGACGCGCAGGCCGAGGGGACCGUGAGGAGUCCACUGCUCAGGAGAACAGUGCAGAGUAAGGAAACCCGUACAGUUGAGUUUAACUUCGUUAAGGGCAAAGGUUUAGUGAGGGAAGAAAGAGUAGUGUUUAGAGGUGCAAGGGACUUGCAGGAAGACGUGUCGGACGAAGCCUCUGUAGCUGACAAACAGACCGAAGCUUCACAUCCAAAGGAAGAAACCAAAGAGGACGUCGAGAGACAAGACCCCGAAGAGCAGAGUACUGAGGAGCCAGACCAGAACGAAACACUGACGGCCGAGGACGAGCGUCAUGAUGAUGUCACAGUCUCUGCGGAGGACAGAGGAAAGGACGUCUCCGUGGAAGUUGUUGUGACAAAGUCGGAAACUGCGUAUCAUGAGGCCGUCGAGGUGCCUCACGACACACAGACCAGAGAAUCAGAGGAGCAAGUACCUGAGCACAUGUAUGCAAAUAUCCUUCCUCCUCCCGCGAGAGUCAUCGGGGAUGAGCCGAGAGAGGUCACUGCCCCGCCACGAGAGGAAGAAAUGGACGACGAAAGAGAGCUUUACCGCACGACCACCGCGCGCAGGCUAAUGUCAGGUCACAGGCGGUUGACCAAGACGAUAUCCGAAGGAAGUUUUGUCGCCGCCGAUGAGGCCAGCGGGACGGAAAGAGCUCGCCCGCCUUCGAUCAGGAGAAGCCGGACCGAGAGCGAAUUUCUCACCGACCAGCUGGCGGCCGCGGCGACGUCGAGCGCCGAACACAAGUCCGCCGUGAGCCAGAUCUUCACGCGCGGAGUAUCGGGGAAGGUGAGGAUGAAGAGCCGGAGUGUGGAAAACAUCCGGCUCUCCAGUCUCAGCUGCGUUGAGAUCACCAACCCCAUCGACAGCGCGCCGCUCCCGAAGAGCAGCUCGGCCUGCCGCAUUGUGGGCGUCCUCAAGAAGAAGGACUCGAGGGAGAACGUCCUCGAGCUCAUGUCCCCCUCCAAGGACGAUGAGCACGAAGACGAGGGCGAAGCCGAGCCACAGGAUGACAGUGAAACCACGAAGGAAAAUGGAAAAGAAGAAAAGGAGGAGGAUCAAGCAGAAGUAUUGAGUGAUCUCAGACUUUCAAAUAAUGACAACCUUCCCAUAGAGGAAUCACCUGUCGAGGAAGCCAUACCAAUAUCCCUCGUGGAAAAUAUCGAAGCCGAAGUUUUGGAACCGAUUGAGGCAGAGGUGAUUCAGCCAGUGGAAGACGUUCCGGAGGAAUUCCUGGGUCAACAGGAUGACGCAAAAGAUCACAGCGAGAGCUCGAGCAACCAGCUGGCCGAGGAGAUGUCACAGCUGCGCGUGGACAACGAGAAGCUGCUCACGAGGAACCGGUCGUUGCAGCGGGAGGUCGAGGAGCUACGGAGGGUCAAGACCAUCAUGGAGGAGGACGUGCAACUCAAGCCCCAGAUCAACCAGAUGACCAUGGAACUCACACACGCCAAGGAAGCUCUCUCGGCCUUAAAGGCGGAUAGGAAGCGUUUAAAGGCUGAGAAGUUUGAUCUACUGAACCAGAUGAAGCAACUUUACGCGACUCUUGAAGACAAGGAAAAGGAAUUGAGGGAUUUUAUCAGAAACUAUGAGCAGCGCAUGAAGGAGAGCGACGAGUCCCUACGGCAACUGGCAGCGGAGCGAGACGAGACGGAGCGAGAAAAGUGGAACAUCCUGAAGCACGCGCGGGACGAGUCUGAGCGAGUCGUCAAACUCUCGGCCGAGCUCGGGGUCAAGGAAACCACCAUCAGGAAGCUCCAGGAAGAACUCGAUGCGCAGUUUUCCCCUUUGCAACUGCAGGUCCGCAAACAGCUCAUCUCUAUGGGAUAUCACAGUGAUGCCGAGUCUGUCAGGACCAACGGGCUGCCCACGCCCACAGCUUCAACGCCCGCGUGUUCUCCCUUGCCCCUCUCCACGCCCACGCCCACACCCAACGGCCGAGGCUCAUCUGCUGAUUCAGGCGUGAGGCUGUCGAGCGAUAGGGAUUCAACGGCCAGUCAUGAAGGCACACCUACCAUUACUGUGGAACGAGGAUCUCUGGACUGUGACACGCUAUCCAUAUGCUCCUCAGCUACAGCUGCUUCCCACUACUACUAUGCAUGUGGACCAGGAACCCCUAAGGAAUCCCCGUCUCUAUCUCCUCUGUACGCCACGCCAGUAUCUCUGCGAGGAGAGGACCGCGAAGACCGGGGCGGGGACAACACCCCCACCAGUGUCCCGACGCAUUCGGCCGCAAGUCUCAACUCGUCGGCCAUGAGUGGACUUGCGAGCAGCAAUGCUAGUACCGGGGGGCUGAGUCGGUCAGCGGAACAACUUUGCGAACGCUUAGCCGAGGCCGCGGAAUCGUCAAAGAUCAGAGGUUGUAGCACACUCACGAGGAAGAGCCACAAGGGAGGAGGUACUUGGGGGUCCAUCUCGAGAGUGUUCGCUCGCCAGAAGAAGCGUGCGGCCCUCGAUGCCUCGUUAUAUGAUGGAAGCGCGAGUGACAAGCGUGCCUCGUGGUCCCCAAGUUCAUCUCUGUGUGCCUCGCCCCUUACUGAGGAGAGUUACUCCGAGAAGCUCAGAUUACUCGAGGAGGCUCAGCACAUUCCUCUUGAGAGAUGGAAAGCCCCAACUGUCCUAGCCUGGCUGGAAGUAACCCUUGGCAUGCCCCAGUAUGGUGCCAUGUGUGCAGAAAAUAUUCGAAGCGGAAAGGUUCUCCUAGAGCUCAGCGACUCUGAGUUAGAAUCCGGCCUCGGGAUCUCGCACCCGAUGCACCGCAAAAAGCUCAGGCUAGCCAUCGAGGAGCUUCGCGAGCCGCGGCUGACUCGCUUCCCCAGAAUCUCCGCACUCAAUCACACUUGGGUUUCCUCCGAGUGGCUUCCAGAUCUUGGCCUUCCUCAGUAUGCCGAUGCCUUCGCCAACAACCUCGUGGAUGGGAGGCUCCUGGAGGCGCUCACGAAGAAGGAGCUGGAGAAGCACCUGGGGGUUCACCGGAAGUUCCACCAAGCAUCGAUCAUUCACGGUGUCCAUCUGUUGAGAAUCGUCAGAUUCGAUAGACAGGUGUUAGCGGAGCGCCGACGGCAGUGCGAGCACGUGGACUGUGACCCCGUCGUGUGGACGAACGUGCGGUGGGUCCGAUGGGCUCGCUCGGUCGACCUGGCGGAGUACGCAGAUAACCUCAAGGACAGCGGUGUUCACGGCGCCCUCGUGGUUCUGGAGUCGUCCUUCACUGCAGACACGAUGGCCACGGCGCUGGGCAUCCCGCAGUCCAAGAAUAUAAUCCGCAGACACCUGGCAACUGAAAUGGAGGCGCUAAUUAACCCCGCCAGACAGCAGAUUGAGGAGCAGGCCCGCUUCGCCAAGAUGGAGCGGCGCCGGCAGGAGAAAAUGGCGGCCGGAGGGAGCCUCGGCCGGUCCUUCUCCAGAAGCUACGGCACGGGGCUGGAGAAGGGCGAGAAGGACAAGAGGCGAGCUUCCUUGAGAGGAUCUCUCAGCCGUGCUCUGGGCCUUCGUCUGCGAGAGGAAGCUGCUGCAGGAAACCAUAAUGGGGGAGAAUCUUCCUCCUCUGGUGGCCAGUCUCCCGCUGUCUCUGCAAGGACAAAUACUCACCAUCCUCACCACACACGGCCGCGGUCCUCCGUCAUGCCUUCUGCUGCUUACGUGCACCAUGAGACUCACCGUCGCGUAAAGAGUAUCGGAGACAUUGAGACUAUAACCGUGACACCUGUUUAGCAAUACUCUUGCCAGCGAUCACGUGACUGGUUCGCUGAAAGUGGUGGUGGUGGUGGUGGUGGUGGUGGAGGUGGUGGCGGAGUUUGCACAUUUCUGUGUUCUCCAGUUUUUAAUGUGUUUAAUUAAGCACAGUAACCAACUUAUCAGGGUGAAUAGGAUGUAGAAGUGUGAAAAAAGAGCAUGUGUGUAACGUAAAUUUUAAAAGAGCUUAAUAAAGAUCUCUUAAGUGUUGAAAGAGGUUCUUGUGCCAGCAUCUUUGGCAGCAUAGAAAUAAGUGUUGGUAAAGUCUCUUUACUAAUGUAUAUCAUAUGUACAUAUGAAGUAGCUGCCAAACCUUAUAUUCCAAGAAACUACAAGACAUGAUAAAAUGCUCAGCACUGAGUAUACUGCCAGUUGAUGCAACAUCACAUGGAAACACAAAUUCAUAUCGAAGAUGUUUCUUCUAAUUUCAUACUAGUCGAGUACAACAUUUUCAACAGCCCCAGGGACCACAAGCAAAUCGCCUUUUCUUUGUGGUUAGUUGUCAGGCUGAAUGUUGAAGAAUUGCAAUCAUGCAUGGCGUAACAAGAUGCUGAUGCAGGACAUAGUUACAAGUGCACCCCAGAAUUUAUACCAAAGUUUUGGAAAGUAUAAUGUGCACCCACCUAGUAUGAGUAGGAAAAUAGCCAUAAGAAUGUAUUGACUAAGUGAGAUGGAAAAAAAGUAAUGGUUAGAGAGACACAGAUCUGGAUGUUCUGCUCAAAAAAAUUAUCAUUAAGUUAAAAUGAAAACAGAGACCUGACAAAGAGAUUUGAACAAAGACAGGGACCAGGCAACGCGCCAUAAUACAGGGUUCCAGUUCAAACACAUCCGAAGCAUCAGGACAAAACCAUGGUCUUCAUUUUGCUACAACAGUCAUAUUUGUUAGUCCUUAUCUAUUAUGCUCCUGUGAACAACUGUGAGAUGGCUCGAAUGGAAGCAGUUAUGGUGACAAGACUGCAGUUUCUGGCCCUUGAGUAGUAGCAAGAGUUAGGAUGAAUUUGUGUACAGCCUAUGUAUCUUUUGUACUUAAACAGCAAUGAGUGUGUAUGUACUGCUAUGUGAGUUUUAUAACUACUUUAAUGUCCUAUUAAUCACUUGGUUGUCGUGUAUUUGAAUUUUAUGUAUAGAGGUCCUUAAUCUGAGUGUACAUUUUUUCUUCGACAACUGAGAGGUCACUGAUUAAACAAUAUUAUUUUUUGCUUUAGAGUAGAUUGGUAGUUAUCAGUAUGCUGCUGAGCACAAUAUUACAGGUUACUUUAUGAAAGUUCAUAUUUAUUAGCAAUGUAUACUGAUUGAGCUCGACAGAAAUUGCAUACUAUUUACUGUGUGUGUUAUGUCAAUAAUGAAAUUUCUCCUAUUGUGAAUGUUACUAGUCAGGUUCCAUUUAAUUGACAAAGGGAAAUUGUUCAGCAUAUGUGACCAUGUCAGGAGUUGCAUGAUCAUAUAGCAUCAUAUUUAUAUGAUAUGGACAUAGAUAUUUGAAUAUUUGUAUUGAAAAUAGUCUUGGCAAUUAUCCAGAUAACAUUAUGUCAUACGCUGAAUCUCUAAGCUUCUUGCCAGGAAUCAGUUGGUACAAAACAAAUAUCUAUGCUAAUGAAAAUGCUGUUUUAUCCCAUCAUUAACUAACAUUGAGAAAUGCUGUAUAUCAAUGACAGGAAGGAAAUGCAGCUUUAUGGUUUAUACUCUACAAUUAUUGUAAAUGUUGAUGUGGCCACAUAUUGUUGACUGUAAGCUUUGCAUUUCUAUUGGAUGCAGCCAUUGCUUUACCUACACAAGGUGAAAACUUUGAGAGAAAGUAAUAUAUAAUCUAGACAGGAAUUUGAUCAGAAUUCUGCCCUAAAAGUCCUUGACAACGUUUUACUGCUCCAAGAACUUCGCUUAGUUUCAAACUUCUGUAAUGACUAAAAUUGAAAAGUGAGGUGAUGCCAGCAUAUACAGGUGUAAAUACGUUCAUCAGAGGACAUUAAGUGGGUUCUUACAUAAACACAUUUCAGAUUUUAUUUGUGGUGAUUUUUCUUUCUCCACUUACUAAUGGUGAAAGCACCAAAUAAAUGUCAAAGCGAGUAAUGUCAGUGGAAGUAUGAAUUGCUAUUUCUCGGUGUAGAGUUGGUAAGCCUCAUCUUUAAUUCUACAAAAUUGAAAGACCUACUCUUAGUUUAAAGAAGUGCUUUAAUGUCAUGUCAUGUACGGGUGCAUUUAGAAGGAAUUUUUUUCAUCGUAGGGAAGAGGGAGGAAGAGAAUGACAGGCUGACGCAGGAAACUUCCUCAGCUGCCGUUGAUUCUUCUUCAUCUACUUCUUGUGAAUAAUUUCCCUUCCAAGCAGCCCAAAAAUGAAACAGAGUGAGAAAAUAGCGUUGUCAUCCAAAGCAAGUGCAUUGUAUUUUUAUAUCAUUGUAAUUUAUGAUGGUAUGUUGGAUUGUAAAUACGAGAAUGUUGGCAGGGUCGCCAUGACCAUAUGUGUCAGUAAACAUAAGCUAUUGGAUUCAUAGAACAUGGGGUUUAUCAGUGGUCCAUUCAAAGAAUGGGACAAUAACUUGCAUCAUGUACAGAUAAAGAAGUCAUUUCAUCCCUGAGAUAUAUAAUCAUUUAUAUGUUAGUGAGAUCUGCAUAUCAUCCACUUGACCAAACCUUUUUUGAACUUAUAGUGAUAGAAAAGUUGUAAACACUGUAGUUGCAUUACAAUUUAAAUGUUGUUGUACAUUCUCUGAACUGAAACCACUGAUGAAUAACCAUUUGCAGAAAAAAGUUGGAAAGGCAAUUACUCAAAAAAUUUUCAACCAUGAUACAAAGUUCAAAGAAAUAGCUGUUUAUAAUGAGUACAGUCUUGUAUUUUGCCAUAGACAAAAUUUGUGAGAAACAUAAUUUGCUUAAUAUGUAGUGCUUGGAAUAUGUUUGUGUACAAGCAAAAAAAACAAAAAACAAAAACAAAACAAAAAAAAGAGCAGCUGUAAAAAGAUUGUUUGGAGUUCAUAUCACACACUACAAAAUAGAGUAGAUCCUUUGUCAUAGCAUUUUUUGAGAGAAAGGAAAGGAGAAGCAAUUAUUAUUUUUACACCAAUCAAUGUUUUUGUUCAUCCAGACAUUUUGGAUUCAGUGUUUCACAGAAUUCAGAAUCAAGAAAUGUAUUUAUGUUUUGGGAAGUAUCCAUACAAAAUUGACAUGUCCUAAACAUAGUUAGGCAUUGUUUCUUUUGUGCAUAUUAUGGGAUAACCAACUGAUUACCUAACAGCUAGUUCUACAUAUCCAAAAUAUAAUGGAAACAUUCACCUUACAUAUAAAUUUACGUAAAAAGUUUCUUGUCAGUAUUCUUUUUAGUAGUCUUUUGUAUAGUACAUUGAGCUCCACUGAACAAUAGGAAAUAUGUUUUAUGGCAUCGUGAUCAAUGCCAAUGGGAUAAUUUUUUGUUUGUUUAACUUCCAUUUAAAACGAAGUAAACACUAAAUAUUGUAAAGCACUAAUCUAAUCUACCAAGGAUGUAAUUUGGUAUCAAAUGAUGCUAUUUGAUAUACUAAAAGCUGUACUUGUUUGUUCUGUUUCACAAAUGAAAUCAUAGGUCAUUGGCAUGCCAACUGUUUGACAUUCCAGUUUGUUUCAUAUUCAGAAACAAUAAAAUAUUAGAAGAA